CGCACUGUCACGGAAUAUGUCUUCAGGUGACGCCUCGACUUGAUAGAGCGAUUACUGUUGCUCUCUCCGCUUGCUGGGCGGCAGGUUCGAAGGUCGCUUCUCGGACUGUCUCUGGAUCUGUGCAUGACGAAUGCAAUAGCGCGGUUGUAGUCUGCACGUAGCCCAGGAUGGUCGCCGGUUGUGUCAAUAUGCUAGCGGUCGUUGGCUUCGUAAUAGUCGCAGUGCCAACUUCACUAUGGCUAUAUGCAAAGUACAGGUCCAAGAAGCCGCUAGUAUAUGCGAAGAAGGACGGCGAGUUGUUCGAACGGGUCGACAAGUAUAUACCAGCCUUGAAGAAGGUGUACACUCCACCAUGGUGGUGCCCCUUCGGCGAUGCGCAGACUAUACUGAGUGCCUUCAGAGCCUGCCCUGACUUGCCCUUUGUCAGAGAAGUGAUCGAGUUUGCGGACGGAGGCGCGUUAGGUAUCGAUUGGCUUUUCCAAGAAAAUUGUCCAGAAGACGCACCCAUUAUUCUAUUCUUGCCUGGCAUAACAGGCUCAACCCGAGAUUGUCAAUAUAUCCUGUAUCCAGCGCAACAACUUUACGAGAAGAGUUGGAGAGUCGUUGUAUACAAUCCUCGGGGUCUAGGUGGUGUUAAUCUCAGAAAUAGAAUAGCUUACAAUUCCGUGCGGCAUCAUGAUGUUGCAGAGGUAGUGAAGCGUGUGUCGGUGAAAUAUCCGAAAGCUAAAAUGGUUGGCUGCGGCUUCAGCAUGGGAGGUAUGGUGUUAUGGAACUACUUAGCAACCUGUGCUACCAAGGAAGAUGCAAUUCUCAAAGGGGCGCUCGUUGUCUCGUCACCUUUCGAUCCAAAGUGGACUACAAGUUCAUUGGAGAGUUUCUUCGCAAAGCAUACUUACAAUCGCCACAUUACGAAAAAACUCGUUGCUUUUGCUGAUAAGUAUAGGGAAUAUUAUGAAAAUCAUGAGAUGAUGAAUUUUGAUCUCGUACUAAAAUCGGUGACACUUCGCGAGUUUGACUCACGUUUUACGGCACCAUUGUUUGGAUAUGAAUCCGCUGAUCAUUAUUAUGCGGAUGCGGCGCCCAACAAAAAGGUGCAUAAGAUAUGUGUUCCAACACUAUGUUUGAAUGCUGAUGACGAUUGCUUCAGUCCGUUAGAGGCUAUCCCAACUGAAGCCGUCAAAGAGAGCGAUUCGGUCGUCAGUGUAGUGACAAGCGGAGGUGGACAUACAGCUUUUCUUCGAAGCGCAAAUCCCAACAAGGGUGGCUUGGUUGACGAACUGCUCAUGGAGUGGGCUACUAUGCUUAUCGAGGAUCUUCACUAAACCAGAAUUUCUUUUGUUACAAACUUCAUGCUAGUUAAUGACGCUUAGAUUUUUCCAAAUCAAAUGUGGAUCUCUGCUAAGGGUUGAAUUUCAGGUUAUUUAUUAGAUUAGAGCUCAAUAGGAUUGUGAUUUUAGACUUUGAAGUUUUAAUAGCUGAACUCAAUAUGCUUAGUAGUUUUCAGAAACUGAUUGAGCUUUGGAUAACAUAUCCUUAGGUAGCUUUGAUUAGUUAUCGAUUCGUGCUUCAUAACAUG